AUGGGAGAUCACAUCAUGAUAUACGAGGAAAAACAAAUGACUAUUCUUUCAUCUUCAUUAUCGUUCUCUUCCUCUUCCGCCUCAGAGUCUGAAGCGGAAGAGCUUCAGAUGCGAUUGGACCAUGCCCCUCCAUUUUGGAAAAACAAGAAGAUGUUGUCAAAGCAAUUGUCAAUGCGUGAAACUCCACGAGACAUUGCGUGGGAGAGGCGUCGUCGUCAGAUGCUAGAGCAAGAGACUAAAAAGAGCCGGAUCGCAACCAAUGUGAUUAACGAAUGCGACGAUUGCUUGACCGAUGAAGACUUAAGCGAACUUAGGGGGUCCAUUGAACUAGGAUUUGGAUUCAAUGAAGAUGGCAUUAAGGAGUCGGUUGGUAAGAGGCUUUGUAACACAUUGCCCGCGCUUGAUCUCUAUUUUGCCGUCAACAGACAAUUCGCAACUAGUCCCAUGACUUCUCCAUCAUGUAGCCAUCGAUCUUCGCCAUCAUUCUCAUCCUCGACGUCAUCAACCUCUAGUUCAUUCACAGGAGGAUCACCAUCGGUUGGGAGCCCAAACAGUGAAGAUUCAUGGAAAUUAUGUUCCCCGGGUGAUAGUCCUCAACAGGUGAAGACAAAGCUAAGACAUUGGGCUCAAGCUGUUGCUUGUUCGGUAAGGCAGGCUUGCUAA